UGACGAGUUCAUCAUCGCAUUGAUUCGGCUAGCUAGCUAGCUAGCAGAUGCUAACGUCAGCGUUAGCUACAUAAGUUAUCUUAGCGCUAGUUAACGUUAGUAGUAAUCAGAAAAGAGUUCGCCGAGUGUAUCAACGCCUACCAAGUAAACCAGGACGUCGAUAAAGUGAACACUAACUAACGCUGGAGUGUGGGGAUGCUGCCGAUAGAGCAUCUUCACCUGGAACAUGUUCUGCAGACUGUGUGUGUGUUGGAGUCAGUCGUCCUCCGCAGUUUUGGCCCUGAAGGAGGACAGGUGUUGUUCACCCGAGACACAGGACAGGCAAUGUUGAGCCGUAGUGGGACUCGCAUUCUCACUGCGCUACGUCUGGAGCAUCCACUGGCCAGGAUGGUGGUUGAGUGUGUCUUGAAACACAGCACUGUAACGGGCGAUGGAUCCAAGACCUUUAUCCUACUGCUGGCGUCAUUACUACGGAUGAUUCAAAAAAUGGCUUGCCAGGAGCCUAAUGUGUCUCACACCUAUAACUCCAGGGAAACAGCAGAGGCUUCCACUGCCAGGCACUUGGCUGACAAAAUGCUGGCAUUUGCAUUGGAGGAGUUGGAUGAUAUCAUUGCCAUGGGAGUGGUCCCGUAUGGAUGCUGUCUUUCAUGGGAGGAUUUCACUGCAAAAACACAAUUACCAGCAUGCCCAAUCAAUCACUGUGUCCAAAAGCUGCUGGCAUCGUUCUUUCAUUCACGUCUGGGUCGCACUCAAUGUGACUUUAUUAGCAACCUCACCUGUGAAAUGCUCACUCACUGGAAGUUCAAAAGUGACCUACCGUCCUCAUCACUUCAUUUUGUAAAUGACAACUUUGCUGCCUUGCAUACACCUGUAUCAGGCUUCCCUAUUAGUUGUUCACGUUUGAUUGAAGGGCAGGUCAUUCACAGGGACUUUGCUACGCCCUGCCCUCAGGCUGACCACCAGCCAGUUAAAGCUGUAGUUGUCACUGGGUGCCUGCAGCCAAAAUUGCUCAGUGCAGGAGAGGUGCUGGUGCUGGGAUCUGGAGAGCAAGGGAGGGAGGAGAAUUCAAGGAAGGAGAGUAGUAUUGUGCAGUUUACUGCCUGGGCAGAAAGAUCACUAGAGUGUGUCAUUGCAAAGCUGCAGAGUUUGGGUGUCUCUGUGCUCCUGUCUGCAGUGAAACAGUCUGCUGCUGUCCUGACUUUAGCUGCACAGGCAGAGAUGUGCAUUGUGGAGUGUGUCAGUGAAGAUGAGCUGUCUCUCUUUGCCCAGCUAAGUGGGGCCACACCUGUCUCAGACUGCUGGGUGAUUGAACCAGAACACGUUGCUGCACUGACCUUUUGCAGACCAAUACUGCUGGGAGCCCAUAGGUAUGUCCAUGUGGCUUUCCAUGAUUCAGAGGAAAGGAUCACAGUCAAACCCUGUAGUCUGGUCAUUUGUGGCCCAGGGGAAGGGCAAACUGACCAGUAUGCAUGUGCAUUUCAAGAUGCCAUCCGCAUGCUACUUUCAACUUGGGAGCCUAUUGGUAUAACUGCAACUACAGCAUCGAAGAAGACCUUGCAGCCAAACAAAAGCACAUGUUUACAUGUGGACAAUCAGAUCGUCAAGGCAUCUCUCUUCCAGCAGUGUGUGUUGGAGCCAGGCUGUGUUAUACCCGCUGGUGGGACAUUUGAGUUUCUCUUAAACCAUGCCCUCCUACAACAUGGCAGCAGUUGCUCAAUUUCUGAUGACACAAUUAUGGGUGCCCCUGCUGUUUCCCAACUCUUAGCAAAUGCUCUACUAAGCGUGCCCCGAAAUAUUUACUCCUACAGUCUGCGACGUUUCCUGCAGACUCAAACCAGGCUCCUGAGUUUUAUUCAAAAUCAUUCCCACCCUUUCAGCCACGUAUACAAACAAGAACAAAACACAAUCCUCGUACAGGGUCGGGGUAAAACUGAAUGUCCUCUAGAGGAGGGUAAACUAAUAAAGCAUUGUUGUGGAAAAACUGACGUAUCAUCACAAGUUUUUAUGUCGGACUCUGGCCUUGAAUCUGUCUCCUGUAAAUACCAGCUGCUUGUGGCCGUGCUGCAGUGUGUCUCAAGUCUUCUCCAUGUGGACACCGUGCUGCACACACACACAGCCUUACACACUCCGUCACGCAGACUUGCAGACAUUUCCUGGGAGGGUACAGAGGACGAGGCUGAAGACUGAGAUUGUAUUGUGUCCCAAGAUGAAAGCCAUAAACAUAUUUUUUUCUCAGUACUUACUCAGGUAUCAUUCAAUAGUUGGAUGAAAUCAUUUGCACUUUAAUGCAGAUUGCAUGUAUGGCCACAGUAUUUAAUUUUUUUAUUUGUCUCACCAUAAUAUAUUUGUGAUGCAUAUAUUUGUAAUGAAAGCUUAUACUUCCACUGAGAUAUUAAAUUACAUUCCAUGGCAGUAGUAUUGUGUGGUGCAGUUAAUAGGCCAAUAAAAUGUUAGGGUGGUUCUGUACCAACCUGUCCUGAAUCAAGGCUAGGUUUGGCAAUAACAGUAAAAAAGAAAACCUCAAAGAACUUAGUGUUAUUCUCUGUAUUGGACAGAAUGUGCAGUUAUCAAAUAAUUUAGUCUGUAUCAACUGUGUUAAUGUGAAGUGGUGUGAGUGAGUAAAUGUUGACAUUGGCCACUUUCCUCUGAGUUGUCAUCACGGUUGCUAUUUUCCUAUUCCUCUUCCUUAUCUCAGCUUUCCUGCCCUCUUCCCUUGGCCAGUACACGUUCUGUUACAUAAAAGGCAUACACAGAACAACAUAAAGACACCAUCUCGCAUAUAUAUAUAUACACAUUCCUUUUUAUAAUCAGCGUUAUCUCAGUAGUUGGGGUGGAGUGUCUGAGAGGGCAACACCCGGCUGUCAACAUCCAAAUCAAAAUGUACUUCCUUUUGCUAUAAUCAGAGGAACACUAACUCUUUUCUCACCUCUUUUUGGUGAAAUAGUGAGUCAUUAGAAAUAGCUUGACUGACUCACUGACAUGCAUAAUUGUGCACCGUUUAAUCAGUGUCUGCCCCUAGUUUUGAUCAUAUAUUUUCCGUAAAUUAAUCGUGAUGGCAUGACUCAUAAACAAAGACGGUUCUUAACUUUGUUUGUGCUUUGGAUCAAACUAUGAGUCACACUUGAUGGUCGCAAAUAUCAAAGAGGGUAGAGCUGGGAGGAGUAUUCAGAAUGUUUUUUUCCACUGCGCACAUGGAAAAGAACCUGGAUGUUGUUGUUUUUUUGUCUUAUGAAGGCGCCUACAACCCUUACAUGCCCCCUAUAUCCUACACAGCUAACUCUAACGUGCCGAGCAGAGUCAA